GUGAAGAAGGUGAACCUCUCCUACCCCGUGCACCCCUUCAUCAGGCGCUCGGUGGCCGUGGUGGAGAAGUACUUCGAGGAGUACGCGCUGGUGGGGCAGGACAUCCUGGGCAGCCCCGAGAGCUGGGACAAGGUGCUGGCCCUGGUCCCGGAGGAGCACCGCGAGGCGCUGCGGGGCGAGUUCCCGCGCAGGAAGGACUCGGUGCAGCGCUGGGAGCUGCUGCGGGGCCGCAUGGAGCGGACGCGGGGGGGUCGCGGGGCCGCCCCCUGCUACGCGGACUGGGAGAUCAUGCUGCAGUUCUGCUUCCCCCGCCUCGACAUCAACGUCAGCAAGGGCGUGGGGCACCUGCUCAAGAGCCCCUUUAGCGUCCACCCCAAAACGGGCCGCAUUUCGGUGCCGCUGGACCUGCAGGCACUGGACCAGUUUGACCCGUUCUCUGUCCCCACCAUCACCUCCCUGUGCCACGAGCUGGACACGGCCGGCAGCGACGGGGAGCAGGAGGACGCCGGGGAGACGGAGCCGAAGCGCCGGGCGAGGGACUACAAGAGGACGAGCCUGGCUCCCUACGUGAGGGUCUUCGAGCAGUUCGUGGAGGGCAUGGAGAGCGCCCGGCGAGGGGAGCGGCUGCGCCGGAGUGACAUUCAGGGAGACUUCUGAGGCCUCGCUGCCGGGGGUCCUGGAUGAAAGGACGGCGAGGGACCGAUGGCCAUUGUCACCUCUGCUCUUGUCAUUGUCACCUCAGCUUCCCAGGGGGGUCCUGGUGCCUUGGAGCAGCCGAACUGCACUGGCUCCCUGUUCCUCACUCACAGCCCCUUACACUUUUUGUACCUUUUCUACACAAAAGCCAUUAAAUGUUUCUGGUCACC